AUGAGCAUGGAUUCUCGCUCGCGAGUGGUGUCGGGUGGUGGCAUAAGUGGCGUGGGGUGUCCGCCGGGACCCCAGUACGGAGUAAAUCGACGGCAAUCUCCUCACGGCCAGCAGCCGCACCGACUCUCCGGGAAAUCGAGCAAGCCUGACCCCUGGCUCGCGGGCACGGCGCCCGAGUGCACGACCGCGCUGGCCAUGUCGAAAGACGCGGCGAGGUUGGACAGGCUGUCGUUCGGGUGCCCCAGCCUAGACGCGGCUUUCGAAGGAGGGGUUCGCGUGCAGGGCGUCACGGAGAUAGCCGGAGAGGCGGGGGCCGGCAAAACGCAGCUCUGCCUUCAGCUGCUUCUUCAGGCACAGCUAGCACCGGAGGCAGGAGGCCUCGGCGGCAAGUCUUACGUUCUUACGUGCGGCGAGGGGGAUUUUCCCAGCCGAAGGCUGCGGCAGAUGGCGUCAACCUACCAGAGUCGCCACGGUGUGAAGCCCGAGAAGCUGAUGGAGGGCGUGUGCAUCCAGAACGCCAAGACCCUUGACGACCAGAUGAUGAUCAUCAUGGAGCACCUUCCGCACAUCAUGCGGUCGCAGAACGUCAAACUCGUCGUGAUCGACUCCAUCGCCGCACUUUUUCGCAGCGAUAUGGGCCGCGGGCGUGGGGACAUCGGAGAGCGCUCGAGACUGCUCGGGCGCCUGUCGCAGCAGAUGAAACGGCUGGGCGAUCGACACGGUGCUGCCUUCGUCGUCGUGAACCAGGUCACGGCCAGGUUCGGGUCCUCGACGAUCGGCGGAGGGGGGGGCCGAGGGCAGGGGACGAUGGGCGUGGUAGGAGGUAGCGGCGGCGGCGGCAGCGUGCCUGCGAUGGGACUGCUGUGGUCACAGUGCAUCAACGCCAGCCCUUCAUCCAUCCCCUCAUGGGACGUCACGACUCUUGACGGAAACCUUGCAUUCGCGUCCUUUGCAACCUGCUGUACCGUGCCCUCUGUAUCUUAUUUCUACUAA